GCGCUUGGGGAUCCUCCAAGGUGACCAUGAAUCGCUGUGAGGGCCCCGUCCCCGCCAACGGCUGCGGGCCCGACCGCUGGAACCCCACUUUUGCCCGCAAAGACGAGAUCAUCACUAGCCUCGUGUCGGCCCUGGACUCCAUGUGCUCGGCGCUGGCCAAGCUGAACGCAGAAGUGGCCUGCGUGGCGGUGCACGACGAGAGCGCCUUCGUGGUGGGCACAGAGAAAGGGAGGUUGUUCCUGAGCGCACGCAAGGAGCUGCAGUCCGAUUUCCUCAGGUUCUGCCGAGGGCCCCCCUGGAAGGAGCCGGAGACAGAGCACCCCAAGAAGGCUUUGCGAGCUGAGAGUGGCAGCCGGACCCUGCCACGGUGCCCACUGGAGCACGGCUCAGAUGUGUACCUCCUGAGGAAGAUGGUAGAGGAGGUGUUUGACGUUCUCUAUAGUGAGGCUCUGGGCCGGGCCAGUGUGGUGCCGCUGCCCUAUGAGCGGUUGCUCCGGGAGCCAGGACUGCUGGCUGUGCAGGGGCUGCCCGAGGGCUUGGCCUUCCGCCGGCCGGCCGAAUACGACCCCAAGGCCCUCAUGGCCAUCCUGGAGCAUAGCCACCGCAUCCGCUUCCGUCUUAAGAGGCCGCCCGAGGAGGGCGGGCGAGACUCAAGAGCGCUGGUGGAACUGAACGGGGUCUCGCUGGUCACCAGGGGCUCCCGGGACUGCGGCCUGCAUGGCCAAGGACCCAAGGGCCGCCCCCAGGAGCUGCCCCCCAGCGCCUCAUCCUCGGUGACCAGCUUCCUGUACAGCACAGCGCUCCCCGGCCACCCCGUCAGAGAGCUGAAGCAGGAGGCCACCCCCGGCCCCCUCACCCCUGGAGAUCUGGACCUGUGCCGCUCUGGACCCGAGUCCAAGGCUCCUGGCACCCAGGACUUCUCUGACUGCUGUGGACAGAAGCCCCCCGGGCCUGCUGGACCUCUCAUCCAGAACGUCCAUGCAUCCAAGCGGAUUCUCUUCUCUAUUGUCCACGAUAAGUCAGAGAAGUGGGACGCCUUCAUCAAGGACACGGAGGACAUCAACACGCUUCGCGAGUGUGUGCAGAUCCUGUUCAACAGCAGAUACGCGGAAGCUCUGGGCCUGGACCACAUGGUCCCGGUGCCAUACCGGAAGAUCGCGUGUGACCCCGAAGCAGUGGAGAUCGUGGGCAUUCCCGACAAGAUCCCCUUCAAGAGGCCCUGCACUUAUGGGGUCCCAAAGCUGAAGCGGAUUUUGGAGGAGCGACACGGCAUCCACUUUAUUAUCAAGAGGAUGUUUGAUGAACGAAUUUUCACAGGGAACAAAUUUACCAAAGACCCCACAAAGCUGGAGCCUCCCAGUCCACCCGAGGAUUCCCCUGGCGAACUCUCCCGCAUGGACCUGGCCGGGGCUGCUCGGUUAGACAAGAGCUCUGAGGACUGUGGGCCAGGUCCCUCUGGGGAGCUGGGGAUGCUGAGACCCAUCAAAAUUGAGCCAGAGGACCUAGAUAUCAUUCAGGUGACUGUACCAGACCCAUCGCCCUCCUCCGAAGAGAUGACGGACUUGGUGGCGGGCCACUUGCCCUCGGAAGAUUCCGGCUAUGGGAUGGAGGUGCUAGUAGACAAAGGCCCUAGUGAGGACCUGCGACCAGAGGAGCGACCUGUAGAGGACAGCCACGGCGAUGUGAUCCGGCCGCUGCGGAAGCAGGUGGAACUGUUGUUCAACACGAGAUAUGCCAAGGCCAUCGGCAUCUCGGAGCCUGUCAAGGUGCCCUAUUCCAAGUUCCUGAUGCACCCUGAGGAGCUUUUCGUGGUGGGGCUGCCCGAGGGCAUAGCGCUGCGCCGGCCCAACUGCUUUGGCAUCGCCAAACUCCGCAAGAUCCUGGAAGCUAGUGACAACAUCCGCUUUGUCAUCAAAAGGCCUGAGCUGCUGACGGACGGAAUGAAGGAGCCUGUCAUGGACAGCCAAGAGAGAGAUUCGGGCGAUUCCAUGGUGGAUGAGAGCCUGAAGAGACAAGGGUUCCAAGAGAAUUACGACUCCAGGCUCUCCCGCAUUGACAUUGCCAACACACUAAGGGAGCAAGUGCAGGACCUGUUCAACAAGAAAUACGGGGAAGCUCUGGGCAUCAAGUACCCAGUACAGGUACCCUACAAGCGCAUCAAGAGUAACCCCGGCUCGGUGAUCAUCGAGGGCCUUCCCCCCGGCAUCCCCUUCCGGAAACCCUGUACCUUUGGCUCCCAGAACCUGGAGCGGAUCCUGGCCGUGGCUGACAAGAUCAAGUUCACGAUCACCAGACCUUUCCAGGGACUCAUCCCCAAACCUGAUGAAGAUGAUGCCAACCGGCUGGGGGAGAAAGUGAUUCUCCGGGAGCAAGUGAAGGAGCUCUUCAACGAGAAAUAUGGUGAGGCCCUGGGCCUCAACCGACCUGUGCUAGUCCCUUACAAACUCAUCCGGGACAGCCCAGACGCUGUGGAAGUCAUGGGGCUACCUGACGACAUCCCCUUCCGGAACCCCAACACCUACGACAUCCACCGGCUGGAGAAGAUCCUGAAGGCCCGGGAGCACGUGCGCAUGGUGGUCGUCAACCAGCUACAGCCCUUCGCUGAGAUCUGCAGCGACCCCAAGGUGCCUGCCAAAGACAAUAGCGCCCCCAAGCGGAAGCGGAAGCGGGCGUCGGAAGGGCACUCUGCUUCCUCCUCCUCCUCCUCCUCAUCUUCCUCAUCCUCCUCCAACCCAGAGUCUGCGACCUCCACCAACCAGUUGUCACUUGUGCAGUGGCCCAUGUACAUGGUGGACUAUACCGGCCUCAACGUGCAGCUCCCGGGAGCCCUGAAUUACUAGGACCUCAGCUGAGUCCCACCUCGGCCAGAAAGACUAAAGGAGAUGUAAUUUAUGUACAAAGUGUAUAUGCGGAUAUGUAUCAAUGCCUUUUAGUUUUUCCAAUGAUUUUUACACUAUAUUCCUGCCACCAAGGCCUUUUUAAAUAAGUAAAAAAAAAAAAAAAAAAAGCAACAAAAAAA